GAGUAGCGUGCCGAGAGUGAGCCCUAAGCAAAAAGCUCUCCAGUUUUGAGAUUCAUGAUCAGCUGAUGAGGGGAACGGGUCUCUGUGGUGCUUUCAUUUUCCUUCUUCUUCGUGCUCCACCUGGGAUCUCCAGCCAGUCGUCUUCCCAUUCCAUUCUCCAUCACCCUCAUCCUUAACCCUCGUUUAGACGAUGAAGCUGACGAGUCUCCUUCGCCCUGCUUCUUCCAUCUUCCUCCUUCUUCAUGCGCCGACGACUGCGAUCUCCAGCCAGCCAUCAUCCCAUUCCAUCCUCCCUCUCUCGUCUCGUCCUCGUCGUCGUCGGUUUUCCUCGACCCCUAAUCUUGAUUUAGAUGACCCCAGCGAGGUCUUGAGUCACGUGAGGAAAAUUUGCAGGAAUGGUGGCGUGUUUUCGAGCGUCGGCGAUGCCCAGCGUUGCUUCGGUGCAAUGAUGAAGACGGACCCUUUGCCUUCCCCCAGGGAUUUCAGUCUUCUUUUGGGUGCUGUAGUGAGGAUGAAGCACUACUCCACUGCCAUCCGCUUGAUUGAGCAGCUGCGUUCGUCAGGGAUUGAAGAUGAUCAUGUCUUGCUGACGAUUUCCCUGAAUUGCUUCUGUCGGUUAAAGCGGGUUGAUUUGGGUUUGUCUAUCCUGGGCAGAAUCUUGAAGCUUGGGUUUCCCAUCACUGUGGUGGCUUCGAGUACCUUAAUUGAUGGUCUCUUUAUUCAGGGCAAAACUGAGCAAGCGUUGAGGUUCCUCAAUGAUAUGGAACGAAAUGGCCCUGAGCCUAAUGAGAUGACGUAUGCGAUAGUCGCCAAGGGGUUAUGCAGGGCGGGUAACACCAGAUUGGCGAUCGAAUUGCUGAGGGACUGGGAAGAGAGAAGCUGCAGGCUCAAUUCCUUCGCAUACGGCAUAAUAAUAGAUAGUCUUUGCAAGAAGGGAUUCAUCACAGAGGCGUUGAGACUCCACGGCAUUAUGAGCAAGAAAGGCGUCGAACCAGAUGUCGUUACUUAUAACACCUUGAUCCAUGGUCUGUGCGAUGUAGGCCAGAUGGAAGAUGUUCUCGUAUUGUUGAAACAGAUGACCAGUGGAGGUAUCCAACCCAGCAUAUUCACUUAUAGCUCCUUGGUUCAUUGCUUAUGCAACCGAGGCCAAUGGAAAGAUGCUAUGGUCUUGUUGGAGAAGAUGAUGAAGGCAGGAAUCGAACCGGACAUCGUUACUUAUACCUCCGUCAUUCAAGGAGUUUGCAAUUUCGGCCAUUUGGAAGAGGCUCGAAGACUGCUGAGUCAUAUGGUGCAAAGCAGAGUCAUGCCUGAGAUUCUAACCUUCAGUAUCCUGGUGGAUGCACAUUGUAAAGAGGGAUUGCUUGUAGAGGCAGAGGCUGUAGUCAACCAGAUGAUUCAAUUAGGUAAAAUGCCUAAUAUUUUCAUUUAUAAUACAUUGAUGAAUGGUUAUUGUUUGCAAAAUAGAAUGAAAGAUGCAAUAGAAGUGCUUAAUUUGAUGGUUGAAAGAGGCUGCUCACCUGAUGUUGUUACUUAUAGCACGUUGAUUAAUGGAUACUGCAAAGCGAAAAGAAUGGACAAGUCACAGAUGCUUUUCCAAGAAAUGCUUCAAAGGGGCCUGAUUCCUGAUGUCAUCACAUACAGCACUCUCGUGGACGGAUUUUGCAAGGUUGGGAACCUUGAAGCUGCGGCGGAGCUAAUUAACGAGAUGCAGUCUCGCGAUCUAUCUCCAAAUCAUUAUACCUUGAGUGCUUUACUCGAUGGCUUGUGUAAAAUGCAGCAGAUUGACAAGGCCAUGAUAUUAGUUCGAAAGAUGGAAGAUUCCAAAUUCGUCCCUAACAUCGUGACUUACAGUAUCCUAAUAAAUGGCAUGUGUAAUGCCGGAAAGCUCGACGAUGCAAUAGGGCUGUUUGAUUGUUUGCAUGCUCGAGGGUUGCAACCUGACGUGUGGACGUAUAGUAUUGUCAUGCGUGGAUUGUGCAAAGGAGGACGCACGGAGGAAGCAUAUCAGCUGCUAAAGGAGAUGCAAGGAAAUGGAUGCCUUCCAGAUGGUGUCGCUUAUAACACAAUCAUCCAAGGACUACUAAGAGAUAACGAAAAUAGGAGAGCAGCGCAACUUGUUGGUGAAAUGGUUGAAAGGGGUUUUUCUGCAGACUUAGCAACGAUGGAGUUGUGGGUUAAAUAUCUCUUGACAAAUGGAGCUCCUUCAUUUUCUAGUUGAACUCUCCAUUGUGUGUGAGAUCUGUCCACUUUUUCAUCUGAAAUUUGAUGGAGAGUAAACCAGAUUAACAGCAGUUCUUCGAAGAAGAUGCCCGGGUGGAAGUGGAUGGUAUAUGAUCAUGGUGAUGGGCACUUUGAAUCAAUAGCAGUGAAUACUUGUGGCGGGUUGGGUACUCAGAUUGUCAUGCAGGUCGAUUACAUAUUUGGGUUAUUUGCUCUGCUUCUCACAGCAAAGUUUGGUGGACAGCUUGCUGACUUAUGGAACAUGGCUGCAACUGUAUGGAAACUACUUUCAGUAUCUUUUCCUUUGCACUGCGAGGGAUUUCCCAAAAAGCAUCUGUUGAUGCGUGAACAUGAAUGCCGCUGACAGACAUUGCGAAUGCCAAACCACAUUGAUGUCUCAAGUGGCACCAAUCAACUUCAUUACAAAUAGGCCCAUAGGAUGUAACUUUCUUUCGUUCUCUAUAGAGGUAAAUUCAUUGCGAGUUUUCUGUUUUAUUAACAGACGAACAAAUGUUUUGAUUUGUUUUUGCAUGUUUCACUCACAACUGCAGGAUUUGCCUGGACAGUCCCGUUACCCCCUCUACUCUGUGUCUUGACACAAAUAUAAUAAUAGUAGCGUGCAAACAAAUAAUUGUUUA